GCGGCUAGGAGGAGGAGAGGGGAUUGCCAAUCUCGUGUCAUGGCAAUUGGCGGCAUUUGCGUAGAGGCGCCUCUAGCUAGGGUUAGGGUUUAUGGAGGGGAGCGCGCUGCCGCUGCUGCUCGGCUCGGGCGCUCGGCGUUCGCCGGGGCGCGGAUUGCGCCCGGGAGGAGGCAGUUGCAUUGCAUUCGGGCGGCCAGGGGAAUUGGAAUCACGGCGGAGCUGAAGAAGGCCGUGGCUGUGCUCAAGGGCUCCGUGGAUGGAGUCGUGCAUUUGGAACAGGAUGGAGACGGCCCAACGACUGUGAAGGUGAAAAUUUCUGGGCUAACUCCUGGCAAGCAUGGGUUUCACUUGCAUGAAUUCGGGGACACGACUAAUGGCUGCCUAUCUACGGGCGCGCAUUUCAAUCCCGAGAACAAGACGCACGGUGGACCGAAUGACUCGGUCAGGCAUGCUGGAGAUCUCGGAAACGUUGUAGCUGAUGACAAAGGCAAUGUGGACGAAGUUAUCGUCGAUUCCCAGGUACGAGAACUAAAGUUUCUUCUAACCUUUGGACUCUUUUCCUUGUUGCUGCAGAUCCCGCUGUCGGGUGUAAACUCGGUCAUUGGAAGAGCUCUAGUGAUUCACGAGCUGGAGGAUGACCUCGGGAAAGGUGGACACGAACUCAGUCCGACAACUGGUAACGCAGGAGGUCGACUCGCUUGCGGUGUUGUGGGUCUAACUCCCUGAAAGAGAGCGAAAGAGAGAGGGGGAGAAUGAGAGAUCACCAGUCUCUCGUGGCUUGUGCCUCGUUCUCCCUCCUCGAGAGUGAUAUAUCCUCUCCCUCUGCUGGCCGCGCUUCUGGCAAUUCGAAUAAAGUGGUAACACCUUGAGAGAGA